UCAGCACUCAGCGGAAUGCAGUUUGUCCGCAGUUUGUGGACAGUGGCUUAGAGGCUGGGGUCCUGCCCAGCAGUGGCUCAAGUCAGCUGCAUCUCCGAGAUGUUCGACUCCCCAAAGCCACUUUUGUUUUUCGGAUUGACGGACCUUGUUCUGAUGGUGCGCUGGUGGGUGACAACGUACAAUAUAUGGCUCAUGAGUGACAAUCCCCAAGCCACGCAUACGGCGCGUCGCGCCAGUGGCGCAGGUACACUCCGCAUUCGGUACCGAUCGAUAGGAUUGAAAAACAAUACAUUAUGUGGAUCCUCGGCCAUUUGGGGCCGGUACUAUAAUACUUACUCACCGGGACUUCACGGGUGGCCAGCGGCCAUUACGGCCAUGGGGAUAGAUCUGGGGGGCCAAGUCCCACAAUCAUGUACACAACUUUCAGCCUCCGGGCGCGCGUGUGCUGUGGCUUUAUUAGUUAAGACUCCAAAAGAUCCUCUACUCAACAUUAAGCCAUCAAAACAACGUGUCAAUAAGCCAUAUCGGUGUGCCGUUUGCAUGAAAGCCGCUAACACCGCUUGUGACUAGUGGCUAUAUAUCGAGUGGCUCUUGGUAAAUAACGGAGGGGUUGAGCCGCAUCAUCCGGUGUUGGUUGUUGGUGCCUUCUGGUGCUGUUUCAGGUGCUCCAGCGCCCCGCGAAUCAAAGUUCACCACACUCAAGCGCCAGUAAUUGUUGAUGUGGCGAAUUGUGCUCCACCUGCGGUGCCGAGACGGCGCCCGGUGACCAUGCCUCGUGUACGGAAGAUCAAGUCUAAUUGAUGCCGUCUAUGGGAACCC